AUUUUUACGCGCGCAUCUGCGUUCCUGAAAUAGAAGAUGUAGUAGAGUUUCCGUGAUCGUGUGUUUUGUGUUCGGUGUUUCAUUUACGCGUAUUCAUUUUCUUAAAGGAAUUACAUUAUACAUACAAAAUAUCAAUAUGAGUGAUUCUUCUCAGAAACCAGAGGGCGGUAGCGGGGAGACUGCCAGCAGUACAAAUACAGCACAGGAUAACUCUCCAGCGGUUGAGUCUCAGCCUCAGCCCCAACCACCACCAACAGAUGUGAAACUGGAGGAGAAAACGGAGGAUGGUGUGGAGAAGGUUGAGGAGUCAGCCGAGGCUGUGGCGGCGGGGCAGCCUGCCGAGGUCAUACAGUCGGGACUUAAAGUUGACAAGGAAAACUGGGAAAAGAAGCAGCAGGAUCUACUGCGGAUAAUUGAGGAUCUCCGAGCCAAAGCCAAGGACGAGAAAAGUGAAGAAUCAUUGAGGGCCGAGCUAAAGGUACGCGAGGAACAGAUCGACCUGCUGAAGACGCGCGUGAGCAACCUGGAGACCAAGCUGGAGGCGGUGCUGGCCAAGCCCGCCGGCAAGAACCACGAGAUGAUCGAGAACAUCAAGCAGCAGCAUGAGGAGCUGCUGACCAAAGCCCGGGGCAUGAUCUUCGACAAGACCAAGGUGGUGAAGAACCAGGAGCUGCAGAUUGAAGCGCUCAGCAGCCAGGUGCAGUCGCUGAAGGACGUCAACACCAUCACCAAGGAUCUGCUUGAAAUCCGCAACUCGGAGGUCAAAGCUAUGGAUGAGCGUCUUCAGGUUAUGGAGUCGCGGUUCAAGGCGGAGAAGGAGCGGUACGACCUGGUGCUGAAGCGCGCGCAGACCUCCAACAACAUCAACGACGACCUGCGCAAGGAGUACGAGACGCAGCUCGCCAUAUUCAAGGAGCUCCGAGAGAAGUACGAGCAGCGAGUGCAGGCGCUGAACGCCGAAAACGAGCGGCUGAAGGCCGCCGCGGGGACCUCCGCGUAACUUUAUACGGAGCCGACAGACAACUCGUAGCCUGCUACGAAAUCGUGUAGCUUACUACGAAACUGCGUAGCCUGCUACGAAACUCUGCGUAGCUUGCUACACUAUUCGGUGUAGCGCCCAAAGCGUAGCACGCUACGAGCUAGGCAAAUAAUUCAUAGCAUGGUACGUGUAGGUCUACCUACUAUAUAAUAAUUUUGUACUAUUUAUUGGAUGGACUGUACUGAACUAUUUUGUAUAAUAAAAGGCAUCUAAAAGUGGCUAAGAUUCAAAAGAUUGUACCGCACUUCUUGGUCUUUUAAAGUUUAAAAACUAACUAAAAAGAAACAAAACUUAACUGUUCAGUGCAUGUCACAACCCUGUGCCUCGUAUGUAUAAGACUGUACGAUAAAUUUUAUAUACUAGUUAUUGUAUUUAUUAAAUAAAAGAUUUUUAUGUGAUUGA